UUCAACUCCUUUGUGUACACAGAGAAAAUAUCGAACGGAGAAAGUGAAGUUCAACAGUUGGCAAAAAAAAUUCGUGAGAAGUUUAACCGUUACUUGGAUGUUGUGAACCGUAACAAGCAAGUAGUGGAAGCAUCGUAUACUGCUCACCUCACGUCGCCCUUGACUGCGAUCCAAGACUGCUGCACAAUUCCACCGUCUAUGAUGGAAUUUGAUGGAAAUUUUAACACCAACGUGUCUAGAACUAUUAGCUGCGAUAGACUGUCUACCACCGUCAAUAGCAGAGCCUUCAAUCCUGGACGUGACUUAAAUUCUGUUCUUGCUGAUAAUCUGAAGUCGAACCCAGGAAUUAAAUGGCAGUAUUUCAGCUCGGAAGAAGGCAUUUUCACCGUUUUCCCAGCCCACAAGUUCCGGUGCAAAGGCAGCUAUGAACACCGCAGCAGGCCUGUCUAUGUUUCUACCGUUCGACCUCAGUCCAAGCAUAUCGUCGUCAUUGUGGACCAUGGGGCUUCGGUCACAGAGACACAGCUUCAGAUUGCCAAGGACGCUGCUCAGGUUAUUCUGAGCUCCAUAGACGAACACGAUAAGAUCUCCGUGUUGACCGUGGCAGACACAGUAAGAACCUGCUCCCUGGAUCAGUGCUAUAAGACGUUUCUGUCUCCUGCCACUAGCGAGACAAAGAGGAAGAUGUCCACCUUCGUCAGCAGUAUCAAGUCAUCUGACAGCCCGACGCAGCAUGCGCUGGGGUUUCAAAAGGCUUUCCAGCUGAUACGAAACACAAACAACGGCACGAAGCUCCAAGGAAAUACCGACAUGGUCAUAAUUUAUCUCUCGGCUGGGAUCACAUCAAAAGAUUCCUCGGAAGAUGAUAAAAAAGCUACCCUACGUGUCAUCAACGAAGAAAAUAGUUUCCUCAAUAACUCAGUAAUGAUUCUCACUUACGCGCUUAUGAAUGAGGGAGUGACGGGUUUGAAAGAGCUGGCCUUCCUGCGAGACCUGGCAGAGCAGAACUCGGUGAAGUACGGGGUGCCGGACCGAACAGCCCUGCCUGUGAUCAAGGGGAGCAUGAUGGUCCUAAACCAGCUGAGUAACCUGGAAACUACGGUUGGCCGAUUCUAUACAAACCUCCCCAACCGCAUGAUCGAUGAGGCAGUCUUCAGCUUGCCUUUUUCAGAUGAAAUGGGAGAUGGCCUAAUAAUGACUGUGAGUAAACCGUGUUACUUUGGAAACCUGCUGCUGGGGAUUGUUGGAGUAGAUGUUAAUCUCGCAUAUAUCUUGGAAGAUGUCACCUAUUAUCAAGACUCCUUGGGUUCCUACACUUUCCUCAUUGAUAACAAAGGGUACACUCUUAUGCACCCAUCCCUUACCAGGCCCUACCUGCUGUCUGAACCACCGCUCCACACAGAUAUUAUCCAUUACGAGAACAUUCCGAAAUUCGAGCUGGUGCGGCAGAACAUCCUCAGCAUUCCCCUGGGCAGCCAGAUCAUUACGGUUCCCGUGAACUCCUCGCUGUCUUGGCAUCUAAACAAACUGAGAGAAGUCGGAAAAGAAGCCUACAAUGUCAGCUAUGCCUGGAAGAUGGUCCAGGACACAUCGUUUAUUCUGUGUGUUGUGGUAAUACAGCCAGAAAUACCUGUUAAGCAGCUGAAGAAUCUCAACACCGUCCCCAGCAGCAAGCUCCUGUAUCACCGUCUGGAUCUGCUGGGCCAGCCGAACGCCUGCCUGCACUUCAAGCAGCUGGCCACCUUAGAAAGCCCUACGGUCAUGCUGUCUGCGGGCAGCUUCUCUUCUCCGUACGAACACCUCAGCCAGCCCGAGACGAAGCGGAUGGUGGAGCAUUACACCGCGUACCUCAGCGACAACACGCGCCUGAUUGCCAAUCCUGGCCUGAAGUUCUCUGUCAGAAAUGAAGUAAUGGCUACCAGUCACGUCACAGAUGAAUGGAUGACACAAAUGGAAAUGAGCAGCCUGAACAGUUCUAUUGUGCGCCGUUACAUAGCAACCCCCAAUGGGGUGCUCCGAAUUUACCCCGGUUCCCUCAUGGACAAAGCAUUUGAUCCCACCAGGAGACAAUGGUACUUGCACGCAGUGGCUAAUCCAGGACUAAUUACCUUUACCGGUCCCUACUUAGACGUUGGAGGGGCAGGCUACGUCGUUACGAUCAGUCACACAGUCCAUUCUUCCAGCGCGCAGAUGUCUUCAGGACAUUCGGUGGCAGUAAUGGGCAUUGACUUCACCCUCCGGUACUUCUACAAAGUUCUGAUGGACCUGCUGCCCGUUUGUAACCAGGAUGGAGGAAACAAAAUAAGGUGCUUUAUCAUGGAGGACAGAGGGUACCUGGUGGCACACCCAACCCUCAUCGAUCCCAAAGGGCACGCGCCGGUGGAGCAGCAGCACAUCACGCACAAGGAGCCUUUGGUAGCAAAUGACAUUCUGAACCACCCCAACUUCGUCAAGAAAAACCUCUGCAACAGCUUCAGCGACAGAACAGUUCAGCGGUUUUAUAAAUUUAAUACCAGCUUAGUGGGUGAUCUGACAAACCUUGUGCACGGCAGUCACUGCUCCAAGUACAGGCUGACAAGAAUUCCGGGCACCAACGCCUUCGUGGGGAUCGUCAACGAGACCUGCGACUCGCUUGCCUUCUGUGCCUGCAGCAUGGUGGACAGGCUCUGCCUCAACUGCCACAGAAUGGAGCAGAACGAGUGCGAGUGCCCUUGCGAGUGCCCUCUGGAGGUAAACGAGUGCACCGGCAACCUCACCAACGCCGAGAGCAGGAAUCCAAGCUGUGAAGUUCAUCAGGAGCCAAUGACUUUCACCGCCAUCGAUCCGAGCCUGCAGGACGCCCUCCCGCAGUGCAUUAACACCCAGUGCAACCGGAGAACGGAGAGCGGGGAUUGCUUUGGUGUGUUGGACUGCGAGUGGUGUAUGGUGGAUAGUGAUGGGAAGACCCAUCUGGACAAGUCCUAUUGCGCCCCGCAGAAGGAGUGCUUCGGGGGCAUUGUGGGAGCGAAGAGCCCGUACGUGGAUGACUUGGGAGCAAUAGGAGAUGAGGUGAUCACUCUGAACAUGAUCAAAAGUGCACCGGUUGGCCCAGUGGCUGGAGGCAUUAUGGGCUGCAUCAUGGUGCUUGUCCUAGCCGUAUACGCGUAUCGCCACCAGAUACAUCGGAGGAGUCACCAGCACAUGUCACCUUUGGCUGCCCAGGAAAUGUCAGUGCGUAUGUCGAACCUGGAAAAUGAUAGGGACGAGAGAGACGAUGACAGCCAUGAAGACAGAGGAAUCAUCAGUAACACUCGGUUUAUAGCAGCGGUAAUCGAGCGGCACGCCCACAGCCCCGAACGCAGACGCCGGUACUGGGGGCGGUCGGGAACGGAAAGCGACCACGGCUACAGCACUAUGAGUCCUCAGGAAGACAGCGAGAACCCUCCAUGCAAUAACGACCCGCUGUCGGCCGGUGUUGACGUUGGAAACCACGACGAAGACUUGGACCUGGACACUCCACCCCAAACGGCGGCCCUGCUGAGUCACAAGUUUCACCACUACCGGUUGCACCACCCAACUCUUCACCACAGCCACCAUUUACAGGCGGCAGUCACGGUACACACUGUGGACGCAGAAUGCUAAUGAGCGACGGCGAAAGAAAUAGAACUUGUGGACAAUGAUCCACGCAGCACCGGGCAGCUUGGUUUCUGUGCUUGUCACCAAGAGCGACGUAACUAACUUCCCGAGUAAACUGCUAGGCAUAAAAGCUUUACAUUUUUAUAAAUGUAAGGUUGGCUCUGAAAUGGAAGGGAAAUGUGCUUGAUGAAUGGACCUGCCAUAACAUUUAAUAAAGUGGAGCGGGAGGCACGUUAGACCUCCA